UACCCUUGGAGAUUUCUGUGGGCUAGAGAUAUGUGUAUAUUCGUGUAUAUUUAGCCACUCUUUGAAAAGGAAAGGUCUGGUCCAGCCCAUAAGGUUCUGGAGUUGGUUCCCCCAGUCUGGUUGAGUGGCUGCCAAUGAAUGAUUUACCCCACCUGAAGCAGGGCUGCAUAGGACCUGAACCUGGGCUCUAAGCAGCUAGUCCCUGGGUACCCACCAGAGCUGACCUCUGUACCACAGCCCCAUGGGGGCUCUCCAGCUCCCCGUGUCCUGCGUGGGCUUCUUUAUAGCACGUUUCAAGAUGGGGAGUGCUGCUGGCGUCCUGGUGUUCCAUCUGUGCAGAUAUCUGGAAUAUAAGGUGCCCUCCCCAUAACUCUGGGUGGGCGCCCGGCACACACUUGGCCUCGCGUGGGGCCGUGGUCCCACCUGGAUCCAAAUUUGCCCUCCUCGCACGGAGUAGCAGCACAGCAGUUGUUUGGGCCCAUUCUCCUGCCUUGCAUCCCCGUUUCACAGCUGGACAAACCGAGACCCAGACCCAGGAAGACGGAGCUGACAUCUGACAUAUGUGGGGGCUCUGUGAGGCCCAGCUCCUCCGUGACUCGGUUUCCCUCUGUAAACUGGGCAUAGGAGCGCCCGUAACUUGUUGGUGUGAAUCAGAGCAGGCGGCCCUUAGGGCUCUGGGCGUAGCCGGCAUUACGCGCCGCGACCUGGGGCGGAGGCAGGGACUGGACGGCGACCACUGGGACCCGCGGAGAUCCACGCCUCGGGGCUGGAUUAGUUGGGCCUUCCCGCGCCCCGCCCCCGCCCGUCGCCUCCGCCUCCGCCUCCGCCGCCCGUUCUCUCCUGCCACCGCUGCGCGCCCGCCAGCAGCGCGCCCGCCGCCGUCGCCUCCGGCCCGCGCCGCGCUCGACGGCGCGGAGGGCACCCGCGCGCCCGGAGAGCCGCCUAGCGCGCGAGCUGGAACGCGGGCAUGCGCGCCCCCGGCCCGGGCUCGGGCUAAACAGGGUGCGCCAAGAGAGAGACCACUCGACGGGCCGAGGCCGGGGGGGCCAGCGCUCCGCCGCCCGCGCCCAUGCCGCCCGGCUCCAGUUCCGGCACCCGCCCGGGGACUAGCGGUGAUCACCGGCAGAGCCCGCCGAACCCGGGGCUCCCGCGCGGCAUCUGUAGGCUCAGAGAAGCUCUUUACCCCUGGAGCCAAUAAAGGCCCCACGCUGGGUGAGCCGCCCGAGGCCAAGGCCGAGACGGGAACCAAGGUCUCAGGCCUGGAGCGCAGCCGCGAGCUGAGCACUGAGCCUCCCUUCCUGCCCCCUACUGGCCCCACGCCUGGCGCCCCAGCCAGCCCACCGGUCAAGAAGGAGGCCCCAACCCCAACCCGCCUGCCCCGGCAGCUGCCGCCCGCACCCCCCCGGGCCCCGCUCCCAGCGCACGUGCCUGUCCCCCGGGGCCAGGGCCCUGCCGCGCACAACGGCCUGCACGGCCUCAGCAGGAGCAGCAGUGCCAGCAGCGCCGGCCUUGGGCUCUCCCAGCACGCACCCCUGCCGCCGCCCGGGCCGGGCCCCCUCCUCUCUACCUCACACUUGGCGCUCCGCUCGCAGGCCCAGCACCAGCAUCGCGCGGCCAUGUUCGCUGCGCCCCCAACACUGCCCCCGCCCCCGGCGCUGCCGGCCAACAGCCUGGUCAUCCCAGGACACCCCGCCGAUGCCAGCCUGUUGAUCUCGUUCAGCCAGCCAAUCAUGUAUUGCCAGCCUCAUGCGAGGAUUCUGAUUGAUCACGAGCUGCUCAGGCAAGAGCUGAACGCGCGUUUUCUGGUGCAGAGCGCCGAGCGGCCCGGCGCCACCCUGGGCCCAGGGGCGCUGCAGCGGGCAGAGUUCCACCAGCACCAACACACACACCAGCACACACACCAGCACCAACACACAUUCGGCCCCCUCCCCAUGGGGCUGCCCCCAGCGCCUCUCCUGCCGCCCGCCGCACCCCUGCCGUUUGACAAGUACGCGUGUAAGUUGGACAGCCCCUACUUCCGACAUUCCAACUUUUUCCCGCCCUUCCCCUCUGCCAUCCCUGGACUGCCAACCCUGCUCCCACACCCAGGACCUUUUGGGUCCCUGCAGGGUGCUUUUCAGCCCAAGACUUCAAGCCCCAUCGAGGUAACUGGCCGGGCCAGUGCUGUUCACCCCCUCUUCCAGAAAGCCCCUGGGGUGUCCGACCCAUACCGGACAGUGGUCAGGAAACCCGGGAAGUGGUGUGCUGUGCACGUGCAGAUUGCCUGGGAGAUCUACCACCACCAGCAGAAGGUGAAGAUGCAGCUGGACCCCCACAAGCUGGAAGUGGGCACCAAGCUGGACCUGUUCGGCAGGUCCCCUGCCCCAAGCAUGCUCGCCGGAUUUCACUACCCGCAGGACCUGGCCCGGCCCCUCUUCUCUAGCUCGGGUGCGGCCCAUCCCCUCACCAACCCAUUCGGACCUUCGACGCAUCCUGGCAGCUUCCUAUCCACGGGUCACCUGACAGACCCUUUCAGCAGAUCAAGCACCUUUGGGGGCCUUGGGAGCCUGGGCAGCAAUGCCUUCGGAGGCCUGGGCGGCCACGUGCUGACUCCAGGGGGCAGCAUCUUUGCCCCCAAGGAGGGCUCCACACUGCACGGCCUUCCCAGCCCCCACGAGCCCUGGAACCGUCUGCAACGGGCACCAGCCUCCUUCCCCACACCGCCCCCAUGGCCCAAGCCCACCGACACGGAGCGGGUCUCAGCCCUGACCAACCACGACCGGGAGCCAGACAAGGGCAGGGAGGAGCACGAGCGGGACCUCCUGGAGAAGACGCGCCUGCGGAGCCGGGCUUCGCCUGCAGUCCCCGUGGGCCUCCCGGCCAGCAGCCUCCUGCUCCGGGGCCAGGGCGAGCUGGGCCGGCCCGGGGUCCCUGCGGAGCGGGAGGCCGAGCCGCGCAUCAAGGAGAGCCGCUCCCCUGCUAAGGAGGACGGCCCCAAGCUGGCGGCGCGCCCGCCGUCGCCCUUCAGCAAGGCGGCCCUGGGCGACAGCCUGCGCCUGGCCGGCCUCCUGGGCCGGGAGCCGGGGAAGCCGCCUGGGGCGCCGGCCGAGCGGCCCCAGGGCGAUGUGAAGGUCAAGGAGGAGCGCAGGGAGGACAGCGACGCGCCCCUGCGCCCGCAGCGCGCAGCCCCCGCGCCCCCUCCGUUUGGACCGGGCCCCGCGGCCCGCGAGCGCCUGGGCUGUUCUUGGGAGCCGCUGCGCGACCCCUACCGUGGCCUGGAGCUGCCCCGGCGCGCCCUGCCCGCCGGCGCCGGCCCCGCCGCCCUCCUGGAGCCCCCGGAGUGCCCCUACCGCGACCGCGAGCCCCACGACUACAGCCCCGAGCGCCUGCGGGCGGCGCGCCGCGAAGAGCUGGAGUGCGCGCGGGCCGCGCCCCUGGACGGCGCCGCGCCUCUGCCCGCCCUGGGCCCCCUGCACUACCCGCGCCUCGGGCCUGCCGCCGCCGCGCUGCACAACGGGCUUCUGGCGCGGCCCCCGCCCGCCGCCGCGCUAGGCGCGCCGCCCCCCCUAGUGGCCGCGGGUGGGUCCCCUGCACCUCCCGGGCCGCCGCGCAACAGGACUACGUCUCUCGGGGGGCACCCGUCGGGCGAGGCGCACGACUACUCCCCGUCCCGCAAGGCCCCCGAGGUGGAGGCGCGGUAGAGGACGGGGCGGGAGCCGCGCUUCCCACAAGCGCCGGUCCGGAGGCCCUGCACCCGUCGCACCUGCGGAGUCGGGGCUUUAAAAUCCAGCUUCUCGGGGUGGUCUUCUGUUGUCUGAGCUUGAGAUUAGGCCUGGAUAAAAAUCCAAUUUGUACAUUUUUUCCCACAGGCGAGAAGCGUUUUUAAUAGAUUUGUAUUUUUUUCAAUUUUGUGCUCUUUAGACAUUUUAAAAGAACAAAAAAGUAACUUGCUUUUUUAUUUUUCUUUCGAAUUUGCAACUUAAUGGCCUCCGAUCCCUCUCCAGAGCCCCAGGGUUUUUUGUCUUAUUUAUGGAGAAAACGCGGCCCUUUUGUCCAGCGCACUGUGAGGCCCCCACUCAGGCUGGGCCCUGGCCCUUCUCGGUACUCAGAACCGAAGCUACAGAUGUAUAUUAAAAUAAUACUAAUGUACAAAACUACUUUUGCCUUAUGCAGAAGUGUAAGAGGUUUUCUUUUUUGGUUUGUUUUUUUAAAAAAGCAAAUGAAACAAGUGUAAAUAGUCUGUUAAUAUAAUUAUAUGACAUUAUUAAAUUCUUAACCUAGGUAGACUUUGUACAGUUUCUAGAAACCCCUCUGGUUAUCCAUUCAACACGGUCACAGAAACCCAUUCGCUGUCAGUUGGAGAUGCUCCGUUUAACUGCAGCAAGGACCCUUCAACUAUGCAAGCGCCCCGAGGCGGACACGUGGGCUGUCUAGGGAAGAAGGUUCCCCCAGCCAGCAACAAGUGGCCUCCAGCCCUGGGGGCACCACCCUCGGGCUGCAGGCUCAGGACCAGCCAGCUCUGGCCACAAGGACGCUGACCCUCGCGCUGAUUGUGUGGUGGUCUCAGAAUCUGUGCCAGUUUAGAGGUGAAGAGUCUAAUGGUUGAUCACAAAAAAAAAAUCCCACUUCUGCCCAUUAACCCUUCUGAAGGUCAUCAGCAGAUAUCUGGCAUGUCCCAGCGUCACGCCUCUACCAGUGAAGGCCAUGGCUUGGGUUCCUUCUGGUUCUAGUAUUGCUUCCAUAAACACGUGGAUGUCACUGUCCUGUCAACGCCCCUCUUGUUCCCUGGCAUCCACACCUGUGUCCGUGGGCUUCCACCUUUCUGGUCCAGCCAUCAGCACCCAUUUGCUUCAUUUGAUUCUGUAUUUUCAAUCCACGUUUGUGGACCUUGGUUAUUUUAAACACUAUGUUCUCACGUAAAUCAGUGAAGAUAAAUACAGCCUUGAUUUGGGAUGAAAA